AUCGAUAGUCGCCAGCAGAUCGGUAUGAAACAUGCUUCUUCUCUUUAUUUUCAUUUUGUUAUACGAAUUUUUCUAAUAUAGCCGAUUCAUGGCCUCAAGUAUUUGAUGAUCAUAAUGCUCGCGAACAUUGGGGUUGGAAACCACAGGUUGAUCUCGAUGGGUUGGUUCGUCGAAUGUUUAACUAUCUAGAACAGUCCUCGGCCAAAAUGCACUAA